CGGGGCGGUGCUCUGGCGGCUCCCUGAUCUCUAUGGUUUUCGCGGCUCGCUAGAGGGCGUGUGGUCCACUGGAGGACUCCCUACAUUCUUCCUCCAUUACCUCACUGCCUCCGGUGGCUGCUGGGAUACUGGAGGACUCGGGUCCCGGCUCGACUCAGUCCUCCAGCUGCCCGGGGAAUACCUCUAGCAGUUCUUCCCUGCCGCCACCGCCGCCCCGCCGCUUCCUCCUCCGCCCGCCCGCCGGCCUUCUUCGCCCCGCCCCGUCCGCGCCGCGCGUCCGGCCCGCCCGCGGGCCCGCUUCUCUCGGGAGCCCCCACCCAGGCGCAUGGCUCCAUGAAGCAGGAGGAGAAGGUAGAGCGCGAGAGGUCCCGUCCACCCCGGCUGCGUCUGGGCCAGGAGAAAAGGUACAGGAAGAAGGAAUGGAAUCGGAAGGAAGAAAAUUCAUUUCAGAGACAAAAUAGCUCCCCUCCUCUGUUAUAGCUGUACCCCUGGCAAUAGAAACUGUCUGCUUUCAGGUUCUGCAGCAUUCCAGACCUCGAGCACUGAAUCAGGAUGGGAAAAAGACGUUGUGUUCCUCCACUCGAGCCCAAGUUGGCAGCAGGCUGUUGUGGGGUCAAGAAGCCCAAGUUAUCUGGAAGUGGAACGCACAGUCACGGGAACCAGUCCACAACUGUCCCCGGCUCUAGUUCAGGACCUCUUCAAAACCACCAGCAUGUGGAUGGCAGCAGUGGUCGGGAAAAUGUGUCGGACUUAACUCUAGGACCUGGAAAUUCUCCCAUUACACGAAUGAAUCCCGCAUCGGGAGCGCUGAGCCCUCUCCCCCGGCCAAAUGGAACUGCCAACACCACCAAGAACCUGGUGGUGACUGCAGAGAUGUGCUGCUACUGCUUUGAUGUCCUCUACUGUCACCUCUAUGGCUUCCCACAGCCACGACUUCCUAGAUUCACCAAUGACCCCUAUCCGCUCUUUGUGACAUGGAAGACAGGGCGGGACAAGCGGCUUCGUGGCUGCAUUGGGACCUUCUCAGCCAUGAAUCUUCAUUCAGGACUCAGGGAAUACACGUUAACCAGUGCACUUAAGGACAGCCGAUUCCCCCCCCUGACCCGAGAGGAGCUGCCCAAACUUUUCUGCUCUGUCUCCCUCCUUACUAACUUUGAGGAUGCCAGUGAUUACCUGGACUGGGAGGUAGGGGUCCAUGGGAUUCGAAUUGAAUUCAUCAAUGAAAAAGGCGUCAAACGUACAGCCACAUACUUACCUGAGGUUGCUAAGGAACAAGACUGGGAUCAGAUCCAGACAAUAGACUCAUUGCUCAGGAAAGGUGGCUUUAAGGCUCCAAUUACCAGUGAAUUCAGAAAAACGAUCAAACUCACCAGGUACCGAAGUGAGAAGGUGACAAUCAGUUAUGCAGAGUAUAUUGCUUCUCGACAACACUGUUUCCAGAAUGGCACUCUUCAUGCCCCGCCCCUCUACAAUCAUUACUCCUGACACAAGGCUGCAUGACCAGUCCCACCCCCCUGUGGCCACCAAUGGCUAUGACAUCAUUGGAGCAGAUGCCUCCUCUUCCUGGUCCAGUUACUUCUAUUACUGCACCAUUUUAUGAUGCUAGCUUCCGUUGCCAAGUCUGCCUCCAGCUGACUGAGGGGGGGGGCAGGGUUAUACUGAAUGAAACAGAACUUGAGGGGCCCAAGCCUUAUCUCAGCCUUUCCUCAAUAUGGGGUUCCGUUGGAUUGGGGCUCCUCCGUGACUAGUGAGAAUUACCGUGUGGGUUCAGAAGACCCUUGGCAUGCAGGUGCCACUGGUGAUUUGCCGCCUGUGUGUUGGCCACACAGUGGAAGCUGGAAUUGGUGGUCCAUGAAGGCUUACCCCACACGCACCCCUACAGCCUCCCCAGAUCAAGUAGGUGUAUUCCCCUGGCAGUCUGGGCAACGGAGACCAACAAGAAACAUUUUUAGGUUGUUUUAAAUUCCUUUUUUAAACUUCCAGUUUAUUGCGUACCAAGAGUUGAUCACAACCUCCAUGCUUCAUAAGUGGACGCCAUGUUAGGGUUGAGCGUGGGCACCAUGAGUCCUCUAAGGCUCUUGGACAGAGACCCACAUCAAGAUCGGAAGCCCUUUGGAUGGCGUUGCAGAUCUCAUUGCUCAAUUAGCCUCGAAGGUUUUAAUUCUCAUCCCACUCUCAGUUGGAUUUUCUGGCACUCUUCCUGCAUCGAGUCUCCUGGUAUUGAACAAAGCUCUGUGGUGUAGCCUGCUGAGGACUGGACUGGGAUGCCCGUGGGAGGUCCCGAAAUCAUCGCUGCAUGCAGUGAGAAAGGAGAGACCUCUUCCUUACCACCCGGCUACCUCACUCCUCUACUGGUAGCAGUGCCUAUAGCUGGAUCUAGGUUCUCAGAAGGCAUAGGUGUUCAAACAAGCACUUGGGUCGGGAUUCUAGAAGGACACGUUGUCAUAGGAAAGAAUCCAGGGUCUCCACGCUGUUUUCUUUUCAGGCAGACAUCCUGAGGGACCUUUAAGCAGAGGAGUUCCUUGUCUAGUUUGCCUGUAGAAGUGGGAAGACUGUUGCUGUUUCAGUCCUUUCCAGGACUUUAGAACAAAGCUGUGUAAUUAACAAGAUGAAUCUUUAUCUUGCCUAACAUGCUGGGACUCUUCACCCCACCAUGGUAAAGUUCCAAAUAGCUCAUUUUAUUCUAGGUCAUUCAAACUUUCAUGUGGCAUAUUUAUCCCUUCCCCAUUGUUGCUGAUUCCAAAUAGCUGUCAGCAAGUUUCUUCUCCCUCUUGCCUGUUCUUCACUCAUUUGGUGGCAGAGUUCAUUGAAGCUGGGGACUUGGAAGAUGCUUUGGAAACAUUGUCACAGAGGCACUGCUGAACGGAUUCACAGGAAGAGGUGGCCAGUUGGAAGAAAGGACCCGGAGGGUGAUACACUGGUUUUCAACAACAUGCUCAGAGAACUCUUGAAGUGGAUUGGGUGUCAAUCCGGUGAACACAAUUGUUUUGAUUUAAUUUAUUUUUAAAGUUUAUGUGGUGAUGGUGUGGCUUUCCAAAAUGGGCAAAUAUCCAAAUCAAAAGAAAUUUUGAGUUUUCUUCUGCCAGGAAUGGGGGAGGGGGAGCAGGGACAUAAUCCAAGAAAUGACACACAUGCCAUUCUAGGCAUUGCUGUCUUGUUUCCUGGAAGAAAUGGAUGAGGGUGAGCAGAUUGGCUCGGUACCAUCCUCUGCUGUUCGCGAGGAUCUAGAACGUGCAAGGGAAGCGGGCGGACGGCGGGGUGGCCAGGUCAGGCCACACCACCCCACCUUACUGUUGUGCUGCGUUCUCGCAUCCUGCCACUUGUCCCUUGCGAGGUUAAUGAAAAAAAGCUUUUGAAGAUGAAGGGAUUGUUUCGUGAUUUCCUGCUGCUGAAAAUAAUAAAUGUUUUGUUACAAACAAACGUGACGAUAGUUACUCUUAGGUGCCAUGGAUUGAUGUCAGGGUGGUCAGCUCUGGACUAAACCACCCACCUCCAAUUUGUACAACAGUAUUGAUACAUAGGGCUACACUCAUUACUGUUCAAGUGUUCUAUGUUAAAAGUUGUGUUGAAUUUCUAAAGAUUAAAAAAAGCAAAAAAAUUGGUGCUAAACUUUCAUCCCUGAGCACGCUCAGUGAGACUGGUCAUGCAAGCAUUUACUACAGUGCCAUGCUCUUCAAGCCUGUUUUUCUUGUGGAAAUGUUGCCCUAUUUGUCUUCCCCAGUGUAUAGUAUGUUUUUUAUUUUGUUUUACUGAGGGUGGGGUAGGAUACCUGCCAUUUAUGAAAAUGAACAGAAAACUUAAAAACCCACAAAAUGGGGAAAAAAUCAGUGCACAAGAAUCGGGCUGGGUACGCCCAGCACCACACUGAAGUGGGCUCAGUGGUUUUGGAGUGAAGAAGCCUUACUCCCUGCACAUUCCCUCAUGCUCCCAUACAAGUCCAGCAGUGGAGAUGCUCGAGUCCCUCUGGCCUUGUCAGGGGGACUCAACGAGUCGACCAAGGAAAACUAUUUGGCCCCAUAAGAAAUGCCACUGUCAGUGUCUGUCCUGAAUGGGGCCUAGUCAGGAAGCAGUCUGGAAGUGUACGGUCACAGUCACUUCAUGAAGAUGUGUGGCAGGUGGCUCUCAGGAAAAAUACUAAGUCUGGAUCAUCCAUGUGGCAGCUUUGCAUGGGGAGAUGACGGCUCUGAACUCGAACUGAACUACCUUCCAUGCGCUUGACCAAAGCGGUGGUGAGGGUGGCCAGUACAUAUGGUGUGAGUGGCAGGUGUAAAAGAGAAGGGAAUGUUUUCUGCUUGGUGUUCAUUUUGUCUUCGGGCUGCUCAAGCUGAACAGUAGGUAACCGCUGUGAAGGAACCAGCCCACCUUGGCCGGUUUGGUUCAGAGUUCGUUUUACCCCUAGCUGUGAGUGCCUUUUGGUCUGGAAAGUUGGCUUGUCUCAUAAUACCCACAGCUAGGACAUUCUCUCUGUAAUUAUGAGUCGUCCUUGUUUUAUGUUAACUAAGAGAAUGUCUUUGAUCACUAGGAUUUGUCCGUGUUGGAUUGUUUCCACUGUGAGGUUCUUAAACUUUUUUGCUUCAUAAUAUUAAAGCAACUCAUGUUAGAGACCCUUUCAACAUGAAAGGUUUGUAGUUGAGACAUUACAUAUAUUUUAUUGUUUAUAAUAAAAAUCAUCUAUACAGAAGUCCUGGGUGUUAAUUUUAAUAUUUGCACAAGACCUGUUUUCCAUGAUGUGUUAACACCUACACUUUCACUAACUGUUGAUGCUCUUUUCUAUCGAGAUUCUGGAGCCUAGGGAGCUAUGUGUUCGUCUUGUUUAUUUUGAUUCUUAACUUCCCUGAAGCAAGAGACUUUGUAUGGCCUUCAGUGCAAAGACUUCAGACCAAUUCUUUGUAUUACACUUGGUUGCCUCUUGGCUAUAUAAUUUCUGAGUGCAAAUCAUUGAACUCUUUAACGAAGUAUUGUAGAGAAUAAAUCAUAAUGGGUAAAAACU